GACUGCCCUGUCAGGGAGGACGGGUCCCGCGUCCAUGGCUGAGGGCAGUAAUAACCCGUGUGACUCCCCGGAAUGCAGCAGCAAGGACUUCCUCCAUAGGAUUAGCGCUCCAUGAGCAGCCCUGCCACCCUGCCCGGACCCCUCAGCUCUCGGCUACAUCGUGGUUUGGCCACUCUCUCUCGCCGUCUAUCGGUCGCAGCGUGCUGAUGUCGCCGUGCGUCAUCUCCAGGGCAGCGGAAAAUGGCGGAGCCUUUACCGGAGCCCGGACGGUACUUAUGUGAUAACUGUCCGGCUGACAUCAGAGCCCGUGUCCCGGUUCAGCUCCUUGAUGCUGAUGGACUAGAACAUGAAGUGGAUGAAGCAGAAGACGAGUCCCCUGAACAGAGAGCCCGGAGACCCAUGAAUGCUUUCCUUUUAUUCUGUAAGCGCCAUCGUUCUCUUGUGCGCCAAGAGCAUCCUCGUCUGGAUAACCGUGGUGCUACAAAAAUAUUGGCCGAUUGGUGGGCCUAUCUGGAUCCCAAUGAGAAGCAGAAGUACACAGACAUGGCGAAGGAGUACAAGGAUGCAUUUAUGAAAGCACAUCCCGGUUAUAAAUGGUGCCCAACAACAAAUAAACCAGUAAAAGCACCUACCACUAUCGCAACAAGGAAAAAGCUUUGGCCUUACCCUCAAGAGCCAGUCAAAGAAAUAGCAAGCUCCAAGAUAGUUUCAAAGGAAGAAGAAAUGCCACAGCUCAAUUUUGGCAUAGCAGAUCCAACACAAAUGGGAGGCCUGAGUAUGCUGCUUCUUGCUGGGGAACAUGCCUUGACUGCACACAGGGACCAAGCAAUGGCUGCUGACAUAGACAACGAAGAGCCAGAGGUAUCUUCAAGUCCUACGGAGUCAAAGGAGUCAGACUGCUUUCAGCCCACUAAGAAGUCUGCAUUACUUGAAAUAGCAGAGAUUUCUUCCAACACGUCCGACUCAGAUGUCAUUUCACCUGCUAAGCGAUGUGAAAAGUCUGCACUCUUCCAGUUUGCAGAAAUCUCUUCAAGUACCUUGCAAAUUAACAGUCCUGAACCUACAAAACGUUGUGGAAAGUCAGCACUUUUCCAUUUAGCAGAGAUUUCCUCAAGCUCAUCACAUUCCGAUUCAUCUGUAUCAGCAAAGCAGUGUGGGACAUCAGCAUUGUUUCAGCUGGCAGAGAUGUGCGUGGCCUCAGAAGCAGUGAAAAUCGAAAUUUCAGGAAAUAUAAAUCCAGCACAACUGAAAGCAUUGAAUGUUGAAAAGACUGAUGAAGUUGUCAUAUGCAACAGCCAGAAAGAAUGUUCUACUGUUUGUAAAGAGGAAGGACUUAGUAAUGUUACAAUUAAAACACACGGGUCACCUUCCACAGAGCAUGUAGGGGCGCACUUUGUAGGAUUCCUGAAACGGGACAAAAUUAAAAAGAAAAAGAAGAAAAACAAAACUGACCAUGAUGCUGCUGAGAAAGGGUCUCCAAAGAAGAGCUGUAAAAAGAGACAGUCAUCAGAAUCAGACAUUGAAAGUGUCAUGUACACUAUAGAAGCCGUUGCAAAGGGAGACUGGAGCAUUGAAACGCCAUCAUCUUCCCCAUGCAAAAAAGUCCGUUCUGCUAGUCCAAAACAUAACUUCUCAGAGUUAAAGCCAACAAAGAAAAAAGUGAAAUCUAAAGAGAAGAAAGAGAAAACUACCGAGUCCACCAAAGAAAUGAUGGAGCCAGAGGCCAUGAUUUUCACACAUGCCACAGAGUCUGAACUGCAAGAAGACAUAAAAGAUGAACCACUAUCUCCUAUAGAGGAUGUUCUCCAGUCACAACUACCAGAAGAGCUGAAGUUUGAGGACUGUGAGAGUAGCAAAAAGCCUGAGGCCUGCGGAUCAAGAAAGUCAGAACGCUCCUGCAAAGGUGCUCUGUAUAAAACGCUAGUCUCUGAGGGAAUGUUGACUACUUUGCGAGCGAAUGUUGACAGAGGGAAGAGGAACCUAGGGAAAGGUAGUUCAUCCGAUCAUGAAGGCAGUUGGAAUGAUGACACCUGGACCAUUAGUCAAAAUGGAAAUAAUAAAAAACUAAAGAAGACAAAAACAAAGGAGGAAGGAAAUGUUGGCUUGGCAAAGUUGGAAGAAGAAUUUGAGAAGAAAUUCAAUAGUCUUCCUCAGUAUAGUCCCGUUACAUUUGAUCGCAAAAAUGCUUCAUUCCAGAGGAAGAAGAAGAAGCCCAAAAAUGGGCAAGAUGAGGAACAGAAAGCAAACAAAGCAGGUGCUCUACAGUCACAGAAGAAGAAUCUGUUUCACAAAAUUGUAAGCAAAUACAAGCAAAAAAAGGAGAAACAAAGCACAUCAGAUAAAGCCAUAGUAGAAGACCAGAACACCACCGAUAAUCCACCAAGGAGCAAUUCCAAUCCUGUUCCUCCCAUUCCAGAGCCCACUGCCGCACAGGAACCUCUUGUGGGAAGUCAAAAGAGGAAAGCAAGAAAAACUAAAAUUACACACCUAGUUAGGUCUUUGGACUGUCAGCCUUCAUUAGGUCCAAGUUUGGAUGAUAAUCCUCCAAAUAGUUAUCAAAGUAAUUGCAGUGUGGAGGGAACGUGCAGAGCAGAGCUGACAAUCUCUGGGGAAGCAGGCGUUGACCAGAACUGCAGUAUUACCCAAGACAUACCAACUGUGUCUGCUUUCUUUAGUCUGGCUGCUCUGGCUGAGGUGGCAGCCAUGGAAAAUGUUCACAGAAGUCCUAGAUCUACCCAUACAAGAGAUGGACAGAAAAAAGACAUGUCCCAGGCAGCUGUGCUUAUAUCUUGCGCUGACCAAUGAAACUUCACUUUAUGACAACAUUUUACUCCAUAUUUAAAGAAAAGCCUUGAGCCUUACUUAGGAAGGCUAAAAUUAUCCAUGAAAUGGAGGAUGAAAUGGGCAGAUGAGUUUCACUUGAAGCCAGAAGCUGAAAGCUUGGGUUUUAUCCUUAAAGCUCAACUUGUUCUUGGCCUACUGAUGGAAAAUGAUGGCGCUAGGUUCACUGCUGCUUUCUACUGAGGCUAACAAUGGAAUGAAGACUGAAGCCGCCAGUGCUCUAUCUCCAUAGAGAAGCUCCGUGACGCAGAGUGUGAUACUAGUUUCAUAUUAUAGUUACUAAAAAAAGAAAAAAAAAGAAAUACUGAUGCACUGCACUAGAUAAUAGACAUGCUUGGUCAUUUUUGUAAAUGAAGAUUUACGUUCCAAAAAAUGGUUUAUAUAAUAGUUUAUGCUUACAUUUAUAUUGAGACUGAGUUUAAAAGAUAUAAACCGUAGGCUCAGGUGUACCGUGUGUCUUGUCUGCGACCCUUGCCUUCUGCACUUCUCUAGGUUUCUGUAGACUAUAGACCCUGCUUCAUAUCCUCAGCUCGUGCCAUAAACACAGGCCAUCUAAAUGCCACCCAUAAUGUACUGACAGCAGCCAGCGAUAUGCACACAUCCAGUGAUAAGCCUUAAUAGAUAGUAUUAGGUCUGUCUACACAAUACGCGUGUCUUCACAUCCAACCGCUUUCCGCACCUGAAAAUCAGUACCAUUCAUCUGAACAGGGCUGUGGCAAGCUCAUGGAUUUCUGCAAGCCCUGUUCAGGUGAAGGUGAAUGGAACUGACUUUCAGUUGCAGAAAACUUUCUUUGAACAUGUGAAGGCGCCAUAAAACUUAACUAUGAAGUGAUCCUAUGCAAAACGGCAUUUUAUAUAGGAUCCCAGCAUAAACAUACAUGUAAGUAGAGUUUACUACUCGGGCUGUGGCACAUAGACAUUACGUCAAAGGCGCAGUAGUAAAAUUAGAAAAGGUUUACAUGUAUGUUUGUGAGCAUUGCCAAUUCCUGUUUUACAUAGGUGUGCAUGUCACUUUAAGCCUUCAACUUCGAAGCAUAUUGAAACUGAAUUGGUGUUUUUAACCCUUCGUAAUAGUUAAUGGCUAUUAUGUGUGCUGUUUCUAGCUGACGGUAUUAAGGAUUGCGGCGCAUUACGCAGCUGUCAUGCAAUUUUAGUAGUCAUGCUGGUAAUUGAUACCGUACUAUAGGGUGAUGACCGGUGCAUCCAGAUCAGGGAUUCCUAUUAGCCAGGUCACUAACACAUUUAACUAUGCACUAGCACUGAAUGUGCGCCUCAUCAUAAGUAACAAGGGGAGCAGUAUUUGUCUAUAGUUUGUGUUCUCCAUUCCAUCUAUGAAUUUCAUUGUAAAAGGCUUUAAAGAACAAGAGGUUGAGUUGUAGUGACAAAUACAGAAAACCCCAAAAAGGCUUUCUUGUACUAUGGUAUGUAGAUGUCACGGUAUGGCUCACCUUAGCAAUGUGCUUUGAAGAACUGCAUGUGGUGAACGUAUAUAAAACGACCAUAGGAACCCAUAGGAAGUUUAGGGACUGGCGUGUCUUACUGAUGGCUGCAGUAAACAAUAUGCUUCUGUCUAGCUGCCCUAGCCAUGCCUGGAGGUUUGGUAACUGUACACGAAUACCAUAAGGGUUAUACUAACAGGACUGUCACCUCUCCGGACAUGUCUGCUUUAGAAAGUAAUUGUAGCUCCCUUGAUAUCAAUUCUUGGGAACCUAUUCUUAUAACCCUAUAUUGCAGUGAUGGCUAACCUUGGCACUCCAGCUGUGGUAAAACUACAACUCCCAAGAUGCCCCCCUUGCUUGGCUGCUCUCAGAACUCUGUAGACAUAAAUGGAGCAUGCUGGGAGUCGUAGUUUCACCACAGCUGGAGUUUCAAGGUUGGCCAUCACUGCUAUAUUGUGUUCUUCCUCUUUAAAAUAAUAAACUGCACCAGUCCAGCUCACCAGAAGACACUAAAGCACGGCUAAGGGUUCAUGCACAUGGCCGUUGUGCGGCGUUCCGUGCAUUAUGGACCGCAAUUCAUUCAACUUGAAUGGGUCAGUGAUCCAUCUGCACCAUAAAAAAAAUAGAACAUGUUCUAUUUUUUGUGGUGCGGAGGCACGGACAGAAACACCACGGAAGCACUCCACAGCUCCGUAUUGCAGACCCAUUCAAGUAAAUGCGUCCGUAUCUGUGAUACGGGGACCACACGGCCGGUGCCUGCAUAUUGCAGACCCGCUGUUUGUGACCCGCAAUGCGGCCACGGCCGGGCAACGACCAUGUGCAUGAGGCCUCAGGCAUAUGGUAACAUGUGAAAAAGAGGAACUCCACCUUCCAUAAAAUAAGACGAGCCUCAUCUAUGUGUUUCAGGUCACCACAUCCGACCCUUACUCAUGACAUAUACAUCAUGAGUAAGGGUCUGAUGUGGUGUAGAUGGUGCUUGACUUCUGUAUUUGGAUUUUACAUACUUGGCAAAAAAAAAAAAAAAAAAGCUAAAUGUUAUGGAAGCUGGAGCUCAUCCUCUUUGAGGUGUAUGAAUGAAUUGACAGCUGGAGGUUACCAGUUUUUGGGAUGUGUCCCUAUACAGUCUGUUAUUGUCCAGGGACAUUCUCCUUUGACAUAAGGAAUAGUAAUGUCCAACUGUUCAUUUAUUCAUAAUUUCUAUCACGAAUAAUAGAGGAACACCACACUAAAGAGGAGAAUGAAAUUUAUUGCUAAAACAGACAUGUCAGGACGGGUCCUCUACCCCCUCCUAUGCUCCCUUCACUGGGUCGUGCAGCCCCGUCUAGCUGUAGGGCUGUCUUCUUCUUUACGUGGCCUUGCCCAGUGCUUCUUCAUAUGGCACUUGUGGUGAAGGUGAUUGUGCUAUGCUCCUCUAUGUCUCUAUUGUGUGUAAUACAGAGUAAGGGGUAUUUAUGCAAGGUCCUAAUAUGCUAGAAGAGCCCAAUAAGAUUAAGGAUUAAGGCUCCAAAGCUACGUUACUUUAUAGCAGACAUCUGAAUGUCUUCCAGUUACAGAAGGCUUUUCUUAUGUGAUAGCCCACUUCAGCCUAGUUUAGACAACACAAAGCCAUUAUUUUAAAGAUUGUGGUCAUGUAUAUACUGUAUCAUGUACUUCACAACAGAAAUUGGAAUCUACAAUAGUGUCUUCUGUAUCUAAAAUUGCUUGAUAAAGUUGUUUCCAGAUUUGAGUUUAUUGUUAUAGCACUGCCUAGAUAUUCUAAGGAAAAGCCUUUUACAGCUCCGCUUCCUUAUUCCAGCAUUGUCCUCUCACCUGUACCAUGCCGAUAUGUUGAGCUUUGGGGGUACUGUUACAGCAAUAACUUGUUUGCCUUUUUUCUAAUGAUGAAAUACUUAGCUUUAAGUAGACCCUCUGGUCAUGUUACUAUAGUCCAGAAGGUGGCCCUCCAAUUCCAUGCCGUCUUUAGAAGGUUAGGGUUUGGCUCGUUUGUUUUCAGUAGUACUUCAAAACUAUGUAAAAUGAUCCCGAGCUUAGAUUAACGGUGGAGUUACUGGAUCUGCUUGCACAGCCAGUAUUCUGUCGUCUUAUGCAAUAGUGUGGUCAGCAAAGUGGAAAUCAUUAACUUGCACAGAAGGAAAAUCUUCUUAAAUGCAGUGUCCCCCAGGUGAGUGGCUCUUCUUUCGUUUAGUCCCUAGCUUUUAGCUAUUGCAGCUGUCAUGCUGUUGCUGAAAUGUGGAACUAUAAUUAGAUGUAGAACUUGGCUCCAAGAUCACGAUCAUAUGACAGCAACUGUACACCUGACUGGGUACUAGCAAAAUAGCACUGCCAGGGGGGCACUUUUCACACAAAGUAUUCUGUUUGGUUGAUUUACUCUUAGUAUAACCAGUUUAAAUUUACAUUUAUCAGGUUGAGGUCAAUGUCGAUGCAGUGUUUAACUAUCUGUGUAAUAUUGGUUUAACCAGGGUUUUUUUAAUACUUAAAGGGAGUCUUUCACAUUGAACAUGCAGUCUGAUUUCUGCAUAGCAUGUUAUAGAGCAGAAGGAGCUGAGAAGACUGAUAUAUAGUUUUGUGGGGAAAUAUUCACCAUCUUCUAACUCAUUCAUCAAAAUCCCUGCCUUUUCUGAGCUUAGGCAUUCAGUGGGUGGUCCUAUUCACUGAGUGACAGCGGUGUCCAAUAGGACUGCCCACCGGACAUCAAAGCCCAGAAUGAGCAGGGGUUUAAAUCCAUGAAUUAUAAGCCAUAUGGAAUCUUUUACCUUAAAACUAUAUAUCAAUCUGCUCAGCUCCUUUUGUUCUAUAACAUGCUACACAAAGACUGGACUGCAUGUCCAAGAAGAAGGCAACUGUAGGACCCCAGAAGUCUUUUCAGGAGAGGCUUCCGACAUCUUGUGGUUGCCUAGGCAACAAGACCACCUGCUCCCUUCUGCCACCAGUUAUAAGUUUCUUAUGGCAAACUUGUCAUUGGCAGUACACUUCAAUGUUGCUCGGCACUUAGUAUAUUUAAACGUGGCACACCAGUUAAAACAGCUUGAAGAUGCCAGCUUUAAACCAACAUAGCAUCGGCACUACUACUUGGCACUAAGUGUUAGAUCAGUGUGUUAUUACUUGAGGUAUGGCACUUCAGGAAUUAAAAGAAGAUAAAAUUCUGAAUUAUAUUAGUUUAUUUUUGGUCCUGCACAUUAACAAUGGUUAUGAAAUACUCCUUCCCGUGAUUCCCUUAGAUAUCUCUAUUUUUGUCAGAUUGCCCCAAGUAACCUUUCAAUACUGCUUCUAGAUAUUUCUGUAUGACUAUGGUACCUUUUUUCUUAAAACAGGAGAGAAAAUAUCCUAUUUUAUAUGUGAAUUACUGAGUUACUAAACCUAAGUGGCUUUCCCUUAGAGUAGUGUAGUGACUGUUUUUUGAAACUUUUGUAGAUAUUGCUUAAUUUUUAAGCUUCUAGGCACUAAGUAGCAGAAAUCCUGCAAAGCUUUAGUUAGUUUUUGAGAUAUUGGCCAUUGAUGGCUCUGAGUAAGUGAGUUUCAGUAGUUCUGUUCGCUAAUGCACUGAAUCUUUAGACAAGGCAUUGGUAUAAUCAGGUAAUAACUAUUAGCACAACUUCUUAACAUUUCACUCCAACAUUUCCUGAUUUGUAUGUUUGUAUAUAAAUAGAGCAUAUCCAAGUCUCUAAUAUUUUAUCCCAGAGCUGGCAAGACUGUAAGAGUAUGUUCACACAGGGCACAUACGCUGCAGAUUUUCCAUCUGGCUUUGGGUCUGAAUCCACAGUACAGUAGUAAGUGGAUGAGGCUUUACAAAAACUCAUUCACACCCUGUUUAAACAAAUCUGUGGUGCAGCUCUUAAAGGGGUUAUCCCAUGAAAAUCAUAUGUAAUCUAGUACAUGACCAAUCUCUUUCUAGCAAAGCUGGAACCAGCCCUGCACCGCACAUGGAUCCAGAGAUCUCCCCAUUCAUU